AUGGGACACUCCAAUCUAUUGGUGCCUCCCAUUCCAUCCUCCCCUCUCCACCCCAGCAGCCUUUCUGAGAUCACUGGUGGCUUUGACCAACUCCCCAAUGGCCUCAGUGCCAGCCUGAAGCCUGGCACCAUCCACUUGAGGUCCGAGGUGAAGACGGUGGUGAGAGAUGGGCCAGAGGUCCAGAUUCUGUACAGCACCGGGGAGCCCACCUCUGCACUGCAGAACCUCACAGCCGACUAUGUCAUCAUCUCGGCCUCAGCCAAGGCCACACGACUUAUCACCUUCCAGCCUCUCCUGUCCCCAGACAAGAGCCAUGCCCUGCACUCUGUGCAUUACAACAGCGCCACCAAGGUGAUUUUGGUCUGCAACGAGAGCUUCUGGGAAAGGGACGGCAUCCAAGGAGGUGUCUCCAUUACUGACCGGCCAGCCCGCUACAUCCACUACCCCAGCCACAGCCUCCCAAGCAGCAAGAGUGUUCUGUUGGCCUCUUAUACUGUGGACGAUGAUUCCCUUUUCUUUACCGCCAUGAAGCAGGACCAGGUGGUGGAUGUUAUCCUGGAUGACCUGUCUUCAGUGCAUCGCAUACCCAAGCAGGAGUUACGGAGCAUGUGUCCCUCAUCGGUGGUCAAGCGCUGGUCUCUGGACUCCAUCACCCUUGGUGCCUUUGCUGAGUUCACACCCUACCAGUUUGUCGACUAUUCAGAGCAGCUCUUCCAGCCAGAGGGACGCAUCUACUUUGCUGGCGAGCACACCUGCCUGCCCCAUGGCUGGAUAGACACAGCCAUCAAGUCUGGCAUCCGGGCUGCCAGGAACAUCCAGGCUGCCAUCAACAAGGAGGCCACCGGGGCACAAGCAUCUCUGUAG